GCGCAACUUUGAGGUCCGCGAACCCCUCCUUUCACCAAAACAGUCCCACAAUCCACCGCGGUCCUCCACAUUUGGAUUCUGUACUCUGUGGUGUCAAACCCAAGAUGGCACUUCACCGGUUAUUCCAGCUGUCCUCCCUGCUGCGCUCUGCCGUGGGUCUGACCCUGCGCAGGAACAUCGGCAUCUCUGCGGUCCUCUUCAACAAGGCUAAGGAGCUCGACCCAGUCCAGAAACUGUUCCUGGACAAGAUCCGGGACUACAACACCAAGAGCAAGAUGUCUGGUGGCGUUGUGGACGCAGGACCUGCGUACCAGAAGAACCUGUCCGAGGAGGUGACCAAACUGCAGAGGCUAUAUGGCGGAGGGGACCUCGCCAAGUUUCCUGAUAUCAAAUUCACAGAGCCCAAGUUCGAUGAAGGAGCCAAGUGAACGCUGUCCAUGUUGUAAAUCUCCUACAUGUCAAAAAUCUGUUGUAUUUAAUAAAAAGAGAGUGGAUUGAA